GGGACAGUGUAGAGCCGACGUUGCUGUGGGAUCCCGGAUUGCGCUGGGGGAGCGGCCGGGCCGCUGGCGCCGCCAGAAUAAAUUAGUCGAUCAGGAUCCGCGGGAGUAAAGUACGUUACUUAUUAUAAAGUCAUAUGCUCGCAGGCGCAACAGAAUGAGGUUUUAUCUCUCUCCAUAACGCGUCAUAUCCUUCCUAGCGUCGUUCAUCGUCAUGUUCAGCGGCGAUACCUUCAAAAACAUUCGUGUUUACUGGCUCGCAUUCGUGGCUUACUGGGGCAUUGUUCUGUUCGGAUAUGAUGCUGGUAUAGCUGGUGGCGUCGUCUCCCAACCCUACUUCGAGACUAGUUUCGGUUUAGUCAACGCCGAUGGCUCAAUCAAUAAAAGCAAGGACACUUCGGUCUCUUCCAAUGUAGUUUCUGUGCUGCAGGCAGGAGCAUUUUUUGGCGCUCUGGGCAGUGCACCCAUCUCUGCUUGGAUAGGUCGGAAAUUGACAUUGAUUAGUUUCACGAUCAUUUUCGUGAUUGGCGCUAUAUUGACCACGGUGGCUGGUGGUAGCCGGGGUAUUGCGUACAUCUAUGGUGGUCGAGUUAUCUCCGGCGUUGGCAUUGGUGGUAUCUCUGCUGUUGCGCCCGCUUACGUGUCAGAAUGCUCGCCUAAGAAUGUCCGUGGUCGCAUUACCGGGUGUUUCCAGAUUAUGGUGGCCAUUGGUGUCAUGAUCUCGUAUUUCAUUAACCUUGGUGUCGGCCUUCACAUGGCGGACAGCCCCAAUGUCUGGAGAAUUCCAUUUGGAUUCCAGCUUGUUCCUGCAGGUAUAAUGUGUCUUGGUCUUUUGACAGUUAAGGAGUCUCCCCGUUGGCUUGCAUCCAAAGGUUAUGUUGCGGAAGGCAUUGCCAAUCUUGCUUAUUUGCGAAGGGAGCCCUACGAUUCGGAUGAAGUACGGCGUGAAUUUGCUGAAAUCGAAGCUGCUAUUCGUGAGGAACGGGAGGCUCGAAAAGGUCUUGGAUUAAAAGAAGCCUUCUUCGGGAAGGGUAAUUUUAUUCGAUUCGUCAUUGCCUUCGUGAUCUUCUUGUUGCAACAAUGGAGUGGACAAAACUCUGUCGGUUACUAUGCACCUCAGAUCUUCACUUCCAUCGGGUACUCCGGCACGACCAACUCUCUCUUGGCUUCUGGAAUAUACGGCAUCGUAAAAGUCGUUGCGACGACAAUCUUUGUGUUCUUCUUUGUCGAGACUCUCGGUCGUAAAAUCUCGUUGUUCAUAUCCGCCAUAGGAAUGGGAAUUACGUUCUUCAUUAUCGGUGCUAUUUUGAAAACACAUCCUGUUGUCGUACCUCAGGUGGGCCAGGCUGCACCACCUCCGGCACCAUCUUCGAAGGCCAUGGCUGCGAUGCUCUAUAUCUAUGUUUGUUUCUAUUCCAUGGGAUGGGGUCCUCUUCCGUGGGUCUACGUCGCCGAUAUCUUCCCCACACGGACUCGCCAUUACGGAUUGGCCAUGGGUUCUGGUUCGCAAUGGCUAUGGAACUUCGUUGUGGCCAAAGUCACCCCAACGCUUGAGAAUGAUCUGGGGUUCAAACUUUUCAUGAUGUUUGCUGCGAUCAAUAUCGGUGGAAUGGCUGUCUUCUCCCUUCUCCUUCCCGAGACCAAGGGUCGCAGUCUGGAAGAGAUGGAUAUCAUUUUCGGCUCGGUCAGUGCAGAGUCACGCGAGGCCUUCAUUGAGCGUGCAAUCGACCACAGGGAAUCAAAAUUAGAACCAUCUAUCGACAAGAAAGUUUAAUUGGCGCUGCUUCACUGUGGGCUUGGUUUACCAAAUUACCUGGGAUAAAUUCGAGGACAAGUAGUAUCUAUACCACAAACUAUACCUUACCUCUUCAAUUGGCUUUCCGUUCUGACAUUGCUAUGCUGUUAUCUGUAUUUUUCGAGCUAUUUGUU